AUGGCGCCUCAGAAACGAAAGCGCCAACCCACCAGGACUACAUCCAACAAGCGGCUCAAGUACACACAGCGGGAAACCGACAGUAGCAGCAGCAGUAGUAGCAGCGACGACAACGAGGAGCUUACAAACGACAGCCAGGUUGAGUGGGAAGCAUUGCGCAUACUCGCUCAAAAAGGCAGAGGGUUCGGGCUCAAGUACCUUAUCGAAUGGAAAGGCGUUGAUCCUGCGACCGGUGAACAGUGGGAACCGACGUGGGAGGCUGCAAGAAACGCCAGCGACAGUCUGAGCGCAUCCUGGAAGAGAGAGCAGGCCCUGCAACUCUACGAGAAGAAAGAGGCUGCUGCGACAACUACAAGCAGUACACAACACCAAAGUGCUACGGAAAUACUCCAGGCGCAAGCAACACAGACUCGAGCCACGCGACAGCGGCGCAUCGUUGAGAGCCCUGAAACCUCCACAUCAGCGCCUGCGACAGAGUUGCCUACGAACAAUAGCCCCAACAUUUUAGCAUCACCAAGCACGGCGGUGAUAGGCAUUGAGGUACCCUUACCAGACUGGACCAGCAACCCACGUGGUGAUAGCUUGAAUCCCGGCGAGUACGAGCCUCACGCUGAGAUACCAGAGUCACCGCCAUCCCCGGCGAGGAGCAACAGCAACAACCUUGAUCUAGAUAGUUCGCAGCUGUUCGCAUCGCAGCGUGCCUUCCGCGCUUCUGGCGUUGUACCAGACACGCAGAGCUCCGUUGGUGACGCGAGCUACAUCUCAGUGACACAGGAGGAGCUUGAUUCGAGUUUACAUUCUAAUUCUGCUGACGAGUCGACUGAGGGGAACAUUGUCGGUCAUUCGGGUUUCCUCGACACAAACACAGACGCAGCACUAAGGCUUGACGCAAGCGCUCAGUCGCCUGCAACAUCUAUCGCUGAAACAGUUGCGGACACUACCCAAGACUUGCAAAGUCAACCUCAAGUCGAGAGCCAGCAAGAGCGGUCAGAGAUCCCAGAGACGCUAGGGUCACCUGCGGGCUCCACCAAACCCGAUCAACCAAGUAACCCAACCAAGGAACAUUACACUGCCACUACUUCUGCGCAUCUGCAAAGUUUAGGAGACCAGCACGAGUUGUGUUCCUCAGAGCAGCUUGCAUUCAUCGAGAACACCACGCAGUGCGACCACGAGAUAUCUUCACAUAAUAUCCAAAUAACACUGCAGGAGCAAGGCGCGCAAAUCCCACCGACGGAAGCCUCAAGAGAACUUGGCGACACUAUCGAACAGCCUACCGUGAGCUUAGCGGAAUCUGUGACCCUGGUAGUUGCGGAUACACCUCAGAUCUCUCAGCUCCCGUCUACUGCUCAAGACAGCGCCUCCCAAACUAACAUAGAGCAUCAAAGCGAGGCUGCACAGCAGACUGUGGAAGAGGGUCCUUCUCUUCUCUUUACCGAACACUCCGUUCUAGAAGAGUACGGGCAGUUUCCAUUUCAUUCACAGCGCCCAGCUUUUUCUGAACUUGAGUCUGCCACAAAGUCAACCCAACGGGCUUUGACGGAACCUCUAAGGACUCACGUCACACACGUAGUCACUGGCGCGCAGCUCAGCGAGGGGCUCAACUCAAACGCAAAUCACGACGGAGGUACCUCAUACGAGAGCCAGGAAAGCACUACCAUAGACGAGAUCAGUCAACCCACUCUACUGCAGGAGUCAAAUCGCCUCCCUCGGAAGGCGUCGAGAGCACAAUUGUCGCAGUCACAGGCCGACGCCAGAAACUCCGAUCACGUUCCCUUCGGAGUAACAGAAGAAAACGCCAAUCAGGCUAACCCCACAAUUGUAUCUUGGCUGCCACCAUCUAUUGAGUACUCGACGGGGUCGCGCGAACACAACGCCCAGCUUAUACCCUCAGGCGAAGAUCUUAGCACACAGGACGACGCUACUAAAAGUAUACAAGCUACAACAGAGCACGAAACAGAAGCUAGCCCCAAACAGAAAGGUAGUCCUUGCUCAAGGCACGACUCAUCACAAGAGACCCCAGAGCGUCACUUGCGGUCAGUAGACCACAGUUCUUCGCCCAUCCGACGUCCGCCAAGCUGUUCGCUUAGGACGUUGGAUUCGAACGUACCGUCCAGGCCUCCAACUCCGACACUAAGUUCUUUGCUUUCGAGAAUGACGGAAAGUACGGGCGCCAGAGUUGAACGACAACUCAAAGAGUACCAGGAGGCCGAUAGAGCCGCAAACCCUUUCGUACCAAGGAGAGAGCGUAUUAGAGCGUAUCAGCCUUCUUCCUCGGUUACUUCGGCGGACGCAGCUACCACUGGCUCACUACCACAGUCUAUCACGGCACCUGCGCCGCCAGCGCCGCCCGUACCGCCAAAAAUCAAUGUACUUGCAGAAGGCACAAGAUCCCCAUCGACAGUACCAGACCAUUCACCUGCUCCACCGGCGCAGACGUCGUUACGAGCUGUAGCUUUUACAAAUGCCAAGGACAGGGCCACAGACGCUUUGCUGAACAAUUCCUUGGCCGCCACUUCCUUGAGUGCCGAUGCAGGACCGACACAAGAAAAGGCCGAACUCGUUGCUGCAGCUGCAGCUGUGGGUAUACCCAAUAGGCCUGCAGUAUCUCCUGAACCAUUGGCAGAUGAAAGUACUGAAGAGAUGAGCGAUGUUGGCGAUAACGCUGAUGACUACGACUAUGAAACCAUGUGGAAUGACGACCUACAGCUUGAACGCGGGGAGUACAUUGUGCCACUCUUCAUCGAAGGGCGGCAGAGCGACACGUAUAGCGAGUACAUCAAGCAAAAAUCAGAUUUACUUGAUGUCAUAUUCUACACAGAUCUCACCACUAUCAAGCCAGAAGCACUCGACACGGUGGAAGAGGCUCUGGUUUACAUGAAAGCUGUAGAGACACACCCUGACCUCACAUACGCCGAAGCCGAGUCUGCGACUGGAUUUGACAUGCAAUCAGCAGCUGACACAUCACACGCAGCUCAAUUUGGUAUCGAAAACUCAGUCAAGUUUAAGUUCUUAAAUGAACUCUUCAACAGCUUGCGCGACCAGAACUUACAUGUAGUACUUCUCCUGGACCAAGACAACGACGCGCUGUUCGGCAUCUUGAGGACGUUCUUUACCGCAACAUCUCACAGCUUCAGCAUGCCAACUAAAGGCUAUAAGUCAAACACUUCCAACGAUGACCUCACUAUUACCGUGUUUCCGAACACCGCGUCUCCUAUCUUGCGGCCCGCCAACCUCAUCAUUUGUCUAGAUGGCGUACAAAGCGCUGCACAGAUACGCCAAAGCAAUUGGGCUGUGGCGUCGAGCAAGACCGUCCCCAUCAUUCACCUGGUGAUACCCCAGACAGUCGGUCACAUUGAACGCUACUUUCUCCCCAGUAUAGAAAGGAAGACCCGCAUCGAAGCAACGGUAGCAGGACUAAGCCAGAUACAAAAAAGCAAUAAGAUUGGAAAGCCUGUUGACUUGGAUACGCCCACCGCUGCAGAGGCUGCCAGGCUUAUCUCGUUCUGGCUUAUUUCUGACGACGAACAAGAAAUCACAGAGUGGCCGUUGCCUUCGAUUGGAAGUGUAAGAAAGUUCCUGGAGUAUGAGCAAACCCAACAAUCUGUACAGCCUGCGACUUCGCCCCCGGCUCCUGAGCGCACAAAGCGUUCUCUGGAGGCGGGUGACUCUGACACGGCGAAGCGCAUGCGUUAUACUCCGCAGCCACGUGUGAUUCCGGGUUCCGGCGUCAAUCAGGAAAAUGAGGCGACGCGCAUAAGCGACUCUAUGCCCGGUACUGCAUUCAGUGAAAACCCACACCUAUCCACGCGGCUCGAAGAAGCACGUUCCGAGCUUUUUCGGAUUGAGAAAGAACAUCGCGAGAAGGAGUUCAUGUGGGACAAACAGCAGACCGAGCACGAAAAUCGAGCGCAAGACUACCGCAAGCUACUUAUUGAGAAAGGAAAAGUCGAUCACGCGUACGACAGCAGGACCAAAGAACUUGACAAGCUGCGCACACAACUCGAAGCCAAAACUGCUGAAAUCAAAACCCUCAGAGACGAACUCGAAGCGCAACGAGCGCUCGGCCUCAACUCCCACGACGAGAAAGAUGUAGCAAUCACCCAGUUGCGGAAAGAACUUGAGAUCGCACAGCUCGACCGUGACCGCGCACUCAGGUCUGUUAAAUCUACCGAAGUGACUCUCGAGUACACAACAGAGCAGUACCGCACCGUCUCCAACACCGCAAGCCAACUGCGAACUGAGGUGACGUCGCUCCAAACAGAGAACGCUAAACUCGCGCACCAAUCUUCCGGCGAAGCCGCCAAACUCAAGCAACUGCACCUCAACAAGAGCACCAAGAAUUUGAUCCAGCAGAACAAAGCCCUCAUGAGUGAGAACAGUCGCAUGAAAGUAACGCUGAAGCAAAAGGAAGACGAGCUUAUCAGGGCGAAGAGUAACAGCAUGAGAAUGGGCUAUGGUACGCGCGCGCAGAGCACCACGCCCCAGCCGAAAACCAGAUCUAGGGCGACAAGUCCAACGGCUACACGAGGAGGACGAGGCGGCCGAAUCGGAGAUCUGAGGCUCGAGGAGAGGUAG